GCGCCCGGGGGCGUGUCCUGCAUGGCUACUGUAGUGGAUGUGGAAAAUGGAUCAUUUAAAGCGCAUAUCCAUUCAUAUCCCGACGAAGGGAACUGUGUUUGUACGCUGAAUUUGUUGCCAAAUGUCCGGACGUGGCGUGAAAAGGAAAAUGAGCCACUAGACCAGGGUCGCUAACUGGAGGGGCCUGCCGACCAGCAGUUGCGCCAGGCACCAUGAAGCAACGAGCUUGGCCCGAGAGAGCGAACAAAUCUGCCUUCAUUCCUCUCGAGCAGGCUGCGCCGCGGAAGAAAUGCACAGAGCAUCAGCAGAAGCAGCGCAUACCACUGCUGAGACUGGCGAAUCCUGGCAUCUGAGAGUGGACAGCAAAUGGGGAAAGACAUCCAGAGACUGAUAGAGGGGAGUCAGUAACUCAGACUGCGUCGUCCUAAAUGGCAAACGGGACUGGGCCACACUUGGAGGAGGCGGUGAUGUCCUUGUUAACACAUUGCCCUCCAUUAGAAGCUCCUUGUUAGGAGUCACUAAUCCGGCCGGUGCCCCUGUGAGGCAUCAGAGCUGAGGGGCAAAGGAGAGGGGGGAAAAACGAGGACAAGUGAGCGACUGAACAGAGAAAAUAAAAAAAAUUGCGACAGGCCCCCAUGCAGGCGCGCAAGAAAUAUGUUCUGCUGGGCUUGUGUACGUUCUGCUGGCUGGUUCUCUUUUACUGCGGUAGAGGAGUCCAGCUACCCGCACGUCUGCUCCGGCUGUUGGCAGGCCAGCAGGGUGAGGUAGUGCGACUCUGGCCCAACUGGACCGACCGGGCCUUCUUGCCAUGCUAUGCCCACCUGGAUGAGCUCCAGACAGACCCCGGGACGUCAGAGUCGUCCCGGCAGCGUCAACAAGCAUGGUCUGUUAUUUAUAAGGACAGUCACUGCCGUAUGGAGACCUGCUUUGACUUUACUCGGUGCCGGCGUAGAGGAAGGGACGGGUUCAGGGUGUAUAUAUAUCCAUCUGAGAAAAAUGAACAUGUAUCCGAAAGCUACAAGAAGAUCUUGACUUCUAUAGCUGAGUCGCGGUACUACACGUCAGAUCCACGUGAAGCAUGUUUGUUUGUGCUCGGGAUAGACACCCUGGACCGGGACCAGCUGUCAGGACAGUUUGUUCCCAAUGUGGAUGACCGUAUUCGGGGUUACCCGCUGUGGAAUGAUGGGCGUAAUCACUUGAUCUUCAAUCUUUACUCUGGCACAUGGCCCAACUACACAGAGGACCUAGGUUUCAACAUAGGCCAGGCCGUCUUAGCCAAAGCUAGCCUCAACACAGAACAUUUCAGGCCAGGCUUUGACAUCUCCAUCCCGCUUUUCUCAAAGGAGCAUCCGCAGAAGGGUGGAGAGCGAGGCUGGCUGGUGAGGAACUCUACCCCGCCACGGAGGAAGUACCUGCUGAUGUUCAAAGGGAAGCGUUAUCUGACAGGCAUCGGCUCGGAUACCCGAAACGCACUCCAUCACAUCCACAACGGGAAGGACAUUGUGUCGUUGACGACAUGCCGUCACGGGAAAGACUGGGAGAAACACAAAGAUGCUCGCUGUGACCAUGACAACCUGGAAUAUGAGAGGUUUGAUUACCAGGAGCUGCUCCACAACUCCACCUUUUGUUUGGUCCCUCGAGGUCGACGCCUGGGCUCCUUCCGCUUCCUGGAGUCUUUGCAGGCGGCGUGCAUCCCUGUGCUGCUGAGCAACGGCUGGGAGCUGCCAUUUUCCGACGUCAUACAGUGGAACCAGGCUGUCAUCGAAGGGGAUGAGAGGUUGCUGUUGCAGGUACCAUCUACAGUAAGAGCAGUCAGAAAUGAGAGGGUCUUGGCUCUCAGACAGAGGACCCAGAUGUUGUGGGAAGCAUACUUCUCCUCUGUGGACAAGAUAGUCCUCACCACCCUGGAGAUCAUCAAGGACCGUGUGUUUUCUCACGUAUCGAGAAACAAAUACAUGUGGAACUCCUUGCCCGGAGGUCUCCUCGUCCUGCCAGAAUACUCCACUCACCUUGCGCAUUUUCCUUUCUACUACCUGGGGUUAGGCAUCAGUCCAAAUCAGGAGUUCACUGCUGUCAUCCACGCGGUCUCUCCGUUGCUGUCCCAGUCUCAGCCAAUCAUGAAGCUGCUUCAGGUGGUGUCCAAGUCCAAGUAUUGCUCCCAAAUCAUCAUCCUCUGGAACAGUGAGAAGCCACCCCCCAGUCGGAGCAAAUGGCCUCCCAUGCCGGUCCCCCUCACUGUAACGGACGGCAAGAGGAAGACCACCAGUCGCUUCCUGCCUCACGUUGCUAUAGAAACCGAUGCAGUGCUGAGUCUGGAUGAGGAUACGGUCCUGUUGACUAGCGAGGUGAACUUUGCCUUCUUGGUGUGGCGGAGUUUCCCAGAUCGGAUCGUGGGAUAUCCUCCCAGGAGCCACUUUUGGGAUCCUUUGAAACACGCCUGGGGUUACACCUCCAAAUGGACCAAUGACUACUCAAUAGUCCUGACUGGCGCUGCCUUCUACCACAGGUACUACCACUACCUGUUCUCGCACUACCUGCCCCAGUCUUUGAGAACCUUGGUGGAUCGUACGACCAACUGUGAGGACAUCCUGAUGAACUUCCUCGUGUCUUCUGUCACUCACCUGCCUCCAAUCAAAGUGGCUCAAAGGAAGCAAUACAAGGAGCUUCCCAGCCCACAGGCCACAAAAAAUGUCCCCUGGGCUAACCCAGAGCAUUUCAACCAGCGCCAGGAGUGCGUCAACACCUUCUCCAACUGGUUUGGUUACAUGCCUCUGGUCCACUCUCAGUUUCGCCUGGACCCCGUGCUCUUCAAAGAUCAAGUGUCCGUCCUCCGCAAAAAGUAUAAAGACUUAGAGAGGGCAUGAUGAUGGUGAACAUAAAGUGGGUCCGCAACAGAGGAGGUAAAUGGACCAAUCAGAAGGUGGAAGAGGGGCCUCGUAAACUGUCUUAUGGACAAUCAUCAGACAGGUGGACACUCUGGUGGGACUCCGAACCUCCAUUCAUGAGGGGAAUGGAAGUCCUGUCGAUGGGCUUCCAAUCAAAGGGCAAUCGUCAUUGGAAAGCAAAUACAGCAAGUUUCUGGUGCGACUGCCAGCACCAGCCAAGGACGUUGGUACCGGUGCCAUGUUCUCUGGCUAUUCUUGUCUCUGCGUUUCUGGGCAAGCUGCUGUUGCCAAGAAAACAGCAAAAACUCUGAAAACAAUAAAAUGAUUUGAAAAUGCAGAUUCUGCCAUGGAAUCUGGAACCUGUCAUUUAUCCAAUCCUAGCAGUGAAAUGAUGACACGUCGGUCACUUAAUCUUCAGAAAAAAAGCAACAGAGCGAAUAUCUUCUGAAUGUUUAUAUAGACUGGGUUUAAGGGGAAAAUGCACUGCUUCUAUUCACACUUUUUAAUUAGAAAAACAAUUUUGUACAAAAAAAAUAAUCUAGUAUGCAAGUCCCACAGGCAACAAAGUGACGAUCCAAAGGGCAAAGUGUUGCUGAGCACUGAGGAAGACUAAUUAAGCACAUAAGCAUGCACAUACACACUCACCGUACAAAGCACCUGAGAUGUAUAUAGCUGCCAAGGGAUAGUUGGAACCCUGCACCGCAACCUUUUUGGGGCAUAAUGAGCACAAUAUUACCAACACACCGGAAGAACGACUGCCUAUGAAUCUGUCAGGUGUUGCGUCAGCACAUGAGAGCAAAGAAGUAAAGAUUUGCUUUGAUGGAUUACAAAUUUCCACAAAUGAAUAGUUGAUAACUUAUUUCAGUAAAAAAAAAAAAAAAAAAGGAUGUGACAAAGUUCAUCAGUUGUUCCCAACCCUUACAUAAUGGUGGGUUUUGGCUGUAAAAUCUUAACAAAAACAGUGCAACUUGAAGGUUGUUCCAUAGAAGUCUAGAAAUAAGAUGUCCCCUUAUUUCAUUAUGCAGUCCGUGGCCCCCUUGGACAAUUAAAAAAGUCUGUGCGCCCCAUCAGGAUUGACUAUUUCCUUAGGGUCAACAUGGCGUUCACGUCCCACAGCAGGUUCCUCAUCUGAUCCAUGAUAACCUUCAUCUCCUGGUUCUUCUGACGUACUUUCUGCAAAUGGACCACAUUAGAAGGGGCCUGUCAGUCCAGCAGGAAGUGGCAAUUCAGUAGAUCCACGCAGAGUUCUUUUCUCUGCUUUCAACUGUAAGUAUUUUUUUAAUGUCUUUUUUUUAUUAUUAUUUAUUGAAUUUUUUAAUGACUGUCUGGCAUGGGAACGCCUCAGGAUCUGCCGGGAGGAACUGGACGAAGUGGGCGGGGAGAGGGAAGUCUAGGUUUCCCUGCUUAAGCUGCUGCCCUCGCGACCCGACCCGAAUAAAGCGGUAGAAGAUGGAUGGAUGGAUACAUUUUUUCAGGGUAACUUAAAUAGAAAAAGCUUUGAUGGCACGAUCUGCAAGAGAAAGAAUGAAUGCUGCAGCUAUGAAUUCAGCAGAGGGCGCUGUCUCACGAGUUCAUUCCCUCAUUUUCCAUUUUCCAGCACCAUGCUUGGUUAAGUACAGCACCUGCAACCUGCAGGGGUUCCCAUACUGUGUGGCGGCCUGCCACUGAAGGAUUCUGCGAUAUUGGCGCUACUUGCUCACCCCUACUCUCAAUUAGCGCUGCAACUAAACAAUUAUUUUCUGAGGUCGAUUAAUCUGAAGCUUGUUUUGAUGAACUGAGUAAUUAGGUUAGGCCCUAGACACGGACCACAUGAACCAAACACAGAAUUUGUGGUUUGGUUCUCGACAUAUCAGAAGAGGCAAACAUUUCCAAAGUCAAAGCUGAUGAGUGAGAAUAUCUUCUCUAGCCUAAAACACAAAAGAUGACUAAAAAUCACGGAUGACUAAAAAAAUUAAGAUAUUCACAUUUGAGAGGCUGAAAUCUGAUAUUUACAUUUUUACAUAACAAUCAAAUACCAAAAUAGUUGUCUAACUGAAUAAUGGAUUUUGUCAAUUAACUGUUUCACCUCUACUCUCAUGUCACAUUAUAAUGAAUGACUUGUUGUUACAACUCCGUCCAGUAGAGGGCAUCGUAAUCCUGCAUGGUGAGAGGCCCUUCAGCUUGCUUCAUGGAGAUUUGCUUUAGUCUAACAACACAGUGCAAAUGGACAAACUGCCAUCAAACACCAGUCUUACGGUGCCAACCCCCCCCCCCCAAAAAACAGGUAAGCUGAAACACAACAGUCUAACAACGACUAAGAGCUAACGCAAGGCAUGCUGGGUACUCCAGCGGCAACUCCCUCGCCGCUACAAUACAGCGCAAUAUUAGAUGUAUGACGACGUGUAGGUACAUUAUCUUUAAAAUCAACACACCCCUACAUGGCGCAAAGGCCAUAUUAUGUAUUUUUUAGCAUCCGUGCGUGUUACGUAUAAGUGAAACCAACCAACAUGCUCUCUUCCUGUUUACUUUUGCUUAUUUCAGUAAGUAAUUAAUUGGAACCAUAUGCAGUCCACAUAACUGCAACUGCAAUUUAAGGCUUGUUAAUGACACUAUAACGUGGAGUCUAAGGGUUUUCAUAUGUAAGCAAGUCAGUGUGUGAGGGUGUACGCAGUGUUUUCUCCAGGCCUCUCCAUGAGAUGGUUUGACAACACUUUCCAGCUUGUUCACACUACAAAUGAUUAAACAGGGGAAGCGGAACAUACCUCAAGGACUUCUUUCCUCUCCUGGUGGACGGCAGGACUACAAGGCUCCACUCUGACGUUGACCAGCUCUUCUCCAACAUAGGGCACAAGCUGAGAACACACGCAAAUAAGAGAUAAAGAGACUUGAGUUAAAAAAUACAGUUUAUCAAGUGAACACGUUUCGUGCAUUCUUUUUCUGACCUCUGCCGGCCCCUCCUGCAGGUCAGCAGUCAUCUCCACACAGCGUUCGUAGAGGAGACGAAGCUUGCGGAAGAGCAAGGCGAGCUGCCUCAGGUGUUCCUGGAGUUUUCCAAAGCGAUCCUGGUACAUCGCUUGGCUCUGAGUCACGCCGUUGGGAAGCUAAGGAGGAUAAGUGGAAUAGAAAAUGAAUAGAUGGAUGGAAAGAUAGAGUAUGAUGGAUAUGUAUAAUUACUUGCGUGGCUCGUGUAAUUUGAAAGAUCUCCAUGGUGCGAGUGACAAUGUCCUGGACGGUCUCCUGUCCAAUCCGACACAGGAACACAGGGGAGAUCUCUCUGAGGGCACCCUGGGGUGGCAUUGGCUGCUGACCUGCGACCAAAGCGCCACUGGGGGGCAUGUGAGGCUGCUGCUGCUGUUGCUGUGGGGGCAUCCCUGCCAUGCCUGGCUUCUGUGGUAAUGAUGCUGCCAUCACUACACGAAG